UGUGUCAUUUAGCUUGUUAUUACUCAAUGGAAAACAUGUUUAAGAGAUAUUAGAAUUUUUAAAUUACAGGUUUAUGUUUCAGUUGUAGAAAACGAACACUGGUGAUGUAUUGCUUUCACAUUCAAAGACCAGAAGAUAUGGUUCAUUGACAGCAUGUAUAAAAAUCCUGCUGCAGAGCAUUCUGCGGAAGUAAAGAAAUUGAUACCCGUUGUCGACUACGUCUUACUGGAGACUGACAAGGAGUUUAACGCAUCCCCGGCCUGGAAGCCUAAGAAAAUGGGAAAUUGGCCCCUGGAUGUUGUUGAUUUUCCUGAUUAUAACGACAAUCAUGCAUGCGGGGUGGUGAUGCUUAUGGCGAUCCGAGAGACUGCUAAUGCUUUCACAAAAUCAAUGCAUGUGGGGGAGGUAGAUGCUGCCUGGAAGGCGCUAUUCUUGUCCCAUUUGAAUUCAGACUACAACUCUUGCCGUCCAUUGCUACCGGAGAUAAUAGCCACCCAUUGCCGUUGAAGCUUAUUAAUAGUCACAUGAACUUAAGUUUAUUAAAGUUGUAGUGUUUAACCCAUCCACAUAACACUUUUUUUAUCGGUUGUUUACGUACUCUACGUGCUUUUGUUAAGGUCACUAUUACUUAAGCAUUUUAAAUGCGACUACUGAUGUAAUUUGAUGUAGUUUGGCACCAGUAUAUGUGUGUCUAAUUCAGACUUAUUCUUGUUGUUAA